ACGAUUCAUUUUGAAUGAUAAAGUAGUACAAUUGUAUACGAUUAGAUGUUAGGUAGUGUGAACCACUUUGUACACUAAAAAUUUAUAAAUUGAAUAAAUCUUUAUAAAAUGUCUUCCACGUUUUUAUAUUUUGCUUAUGGAAGUAAUUUACUUGCUAAAAGAAUACAUUUAAACAAUCCAACUGCAAAAAUGAAAGACAUUGGUUAUAUAAAGAAUUUCAGGUUAGAUUUUCAAAGAUAUUCUAAACGAUGGCAUGGUGCAUCAGCAACAAUUGUGGAAACAAAAAAUUCAAUUGUAUGGGGUGUGAUCUGGGAAUUAGAUAAGUGUAAUUUACCUACAUUAGAUUGUCAAGAAGGUGUUCAGGAUAAUAUAUAUCAUGUAAUGUCAGUGAAUGUUGAAACUUUAAAUGGUACAACUUUAAACUGUAGAGUAUAUCAACAGUGUAAUAAUCCAAAGGAAUACAUAAAGCCAGCAGAUCUUCCAAUAGAUAGAAGGCCUUCACCAUUAUAUCUAAAUAUGAUAUUGAAAGGAGCUCAAGAAAAUAAUAUUCCUGAUGAUUAUAUAGAAUUUUUAAAAACUAUACCACAUAACGGAUAUGAAGGAGAAUAUGAUAUCAGCCUUUCUCUGAUUCAAGAUUGAUAUCUACAAUAUUUUUAUCAUCAGAAAUCUUUUUAUAAUGUGGAUGAAGGAUUACAUCUUCUAAUGCCAUUUCUGCAGUCAUUUUGUCCAAUAUAUAUCGAGGAAACUUCAAUUUCAAAAAUUG